AUGCCUGUAUUCACCCGAGAAGAAUUCAAUGCCAUUAAUCAGCAAGUCAAGGAUGGUGUAGAGGGCGCAAAAAAGUACAUCGUAGUCGAUAACAAGCUUUACGAUAUUACCGAUUUUGUUGCUGAUCACCCAGGAGGUGAAAAAGUAUUGCUGACUCAUGUCGGUAAAGAUGCCACAGAUGUCUUCCAUGCCAUGCACCCUCCUUCUGCCUACGAAAUGUUGGCAAACCACUACGUAGGUGACCUUGAACCAAAGGCCCCUGCGCCCGUGUCAGUAGAGACUCAGGCUGGUAUCGACUUUGCGGUUGAGAUGAGAGAACUUCGGGAAAAGUUGGAUAAAGAGGGCUACUUCAAUGCCAGCACUCUGUUCUACAUCUACAAGGUUCUCUCAACUUUGAUGCUCUGUGGUACUUCGAUGACCAUUCUUUACUUUUACGGCCGAACCUCUACUCCCGCCGUUAUCGUUGCGGCUGUGAUCUUGGGUAUUUUCUGGCAACAGUGCGGUUGGUUGGCCCACGACUUUGGACACCACCAGUCCUCCAAGGACCGUGAGAUGAACGAUGUCUUGCUCGUCUUUCUCGGCAACUUUUGCCAGGGCUUCUCUCUUUCCUGGUGGAAGAACAAGCACAACACCCACCACGCCUCGACCAACGUCAGUGGACACGAUCCCGACAUCGACACCGCACCUGUUCUCUUGUGGGACGAGCUUGCUUCGGCCAACUACUAUGGAUCUCUGGAGGACACUCCUGGACCAGUCACCAGAUUCCUUGCCGAAAACGUCCUGCCUUACCAGACCCGCUACUACUUCUUUAUCCUUGCCUUUGCACGUAUCUCCUGGGCCAUGCAGUCCCUGAGCUACUCUUUCAAUGCCGGUGCGAUCAACAAGUCUGCCAAGCUCAACUUCUAUGAGCGUGCCUCUCUCGUCUCCCACUGGAUUCUGUUCACUGCUGCCACUCUGACCUGGAUCGACAGCUUCCGCAACAUGGCUCUUUUCUUCGUGAUUUCCCAGUCGGUGACUGGUUACGCACUGGCCUUUGUGUUCGCAUUGAACCACAACGGCAUGCCGGUCAUUUCCCAGGAGAAGGCCGAGGAGAUGGAAUUCUACGAGAUCCAGACAAUUACCGGACGUGAUGUGACUAUGGGUGCAUUUGGCGACUGGUUCUUUGGUGGUCUCAACUACCAGAUCGAGCACCAUCUUUUCCCUGACAUGCCCCGCCACAACUUGCCCAAGGUUAAGCCCAUGGUCAAGCUCCUGUGCAAGAAGUACAACAUCACAUACCACGACACUUCUGUAAUCAAGGGUACUUUUGAGGUCCUGGAGGCUUUGGACGUUGUCCAGAAGUUGUCAUUGAAGUUGAGCAAAAAGGCUUUCUAA